CCAGACGAGAACUUAUUGUGCACUUUUGAGCUCGAGCAACACCAAAUUCUAAAUUGUUCGCGGCACCCGAGAGCAACUGCAGCCGCCCCUGUGCGCAUGUCGAGCGACCUACACACAAAAGCAGCACUGAACAGGCCAGAAUCGGAAUACAGCACGACCACUCACACAUACACAGAGACUCACGUACACACACGUCGACUGCUUGUUGGAGUUCGCGUGGUGGUUCUCUUCUCAGUGGUUGGUGGAUUCAUUUGAACAUUUGGUGGCACUGCGAGCGGACAUCGACGACACGGGACGCGACCAGAGAGGAAGCAACUACAGCUACAGCUACAGCAACAAAAACAGAAACAGAAACAAAGGUUAAGCGAAGGGAAAACGCAUCUAAGGCCAGCAGCGGAGAGAGACAGACCAGACCAGACCAGACCCAUUGGCCCAUUGGAGACCCCUGGCUUUGUCCGUCGCGGACUGGACUGGAAUUAACCACAGAAAAAGACUCAACUAAGUGCGCAAUUACAACAAACGCGAAACGUGCGCAAUAAUUUGUUUAAAAUCAAUGAAGACUGCAACUGCGCAAAAGUGGAUUGCAUCACACAGACAAAAGCAGUUUUGAGGCAAAUAUAGAAAUAAAUGAGAGCUGAAAAUCAAUAGGCGAAAUCUGCAACGCUUUGGAUGAGAAGAGUCUAAAGAAGCCACAGAAGCUGCCCGAUUCAACAAAUUUACAUAAUUGCAAGUGCCUGGCAGCCAGAGCAGCAACAGCAUCAAAAUGCCCUCGUUGCUGGAGGCGCUGGAGCGCAAGUACUUCUCGGAGUGCGAGUUCGAGAACGCCCACGAGCCGGAGCUGCACAAGCGCGCGGACCUGCCCAACGACUUUACGGUGACCAAGUGCGGCGGCCGGAUGGAGUUCUCCAUCUUCAUUCCGCGCCUCUCGCCCCUGACCAGCGUGCCUGCACUGCUUGUGCUGAACGACUGCGACAUUGAUUCGGCGGGCGACUUCGAGAGCAUCCAGGAGAAGUGCCAGCGCGUGCGGGAGCUGGACCUGGCCCAGAACAAGCUCAGCGACUGGCAGGAGGUGUUCAACAUCCUGAAGCACAUGCCGCGCAUCGAGUUCCUCAACCUUAGCAAGAACCAGUUGGGCAGUCCGCUCAGAUCCCUGGCGGAGGCUCCUGUCAUCAACCUGAAGAGUCUGGUGCUCAACGGCACCUACCUGGACUGGCAGUGCGUGGACGCGCUGCUCCAGAACCUGCCGGUGCUGCAGGAGCUGCACCUGAGCCUGAACAACUACACGAAUGUCCUGAUCGACGCCGAGGAGGCGGAGCGACGACUGCAGGAGGAUGGUGAGGCCGGCCAGUGCGACUGCCCGAAGGAGAAGAGGAGAAUCACCAAAGCCCAUCCCGCCCUGAAGACACUGCAUUUCACAGGCAAUCCCAUCGAGCACUGGCAGGAGAUAUGUCGGCUGGGUCGUCUCUUCCCCAACCUGGAGGCCCUGGUCCUGGCCGACUGUCCCAUCCGGUCGCUGCAGGCCGAGGAGAGCCGGGACUGCGACUCCCACAAGUACUUCCCCAGCCUGAAGCUGCUGAAUCUGAGCUCCGCUCAGCUUAAUUGCUGGAGUGCCAUCGACGAGCUGGCCAAAUUCCAGCAGCUGCAGAACCUCCGGGUCAAGCACUGGCCGCUGUGGGAGAAUCUGGAGUGCACAGAGCACGAGCGACGUCAGCUGCUGAUAGCCCGGCUGCCCAACGUGGAGAUGCUUAACGGCGGUGGCAAGAUCGGCACGGACGAGCGCAUCGAUGCAGAGCGCGCCUUCGUCCGUCACUAUAUGGACAAGCCGGAGGCCGAGCGCCCGGCCCGGUACAAGGAGCUGCUCCAGGUGCACGGAAAGCUGGACCCCCUGGUCGAUGUCAGCCUGAAGCCGGACAAACGCGUCAAGGUCAUCUUCAACUAUGGCGAGUUGCGCGAGAGCCGAUUUGUGGACAUAUAUCUGACGGUGAACGACCUGAAGGCCAAACUGGAGAAGUUGGUCAACCUGCCGCCCAACAAGAUGCGCCUCUUCUACCUGGACCAGGACUACAAGGAGUUCGGGCCCGAGGAGAUGCGCUUCCCCAACAAGAAGCUGUACAGCUACAACAUCCAGUCGGGCGAUGAGAUCAUCAUCGACGCCAAGAAGUGAUGUCCCCAUCAUGCAGCGGAACGAACGAAAGGAGGCCCGGCCUGGUGCUACAACUUGUGAUCUUGUGUCAUUGCGGAUACACAACCAUAUAUGAUCCAUUUAUAUUUAAUGUAUGUUUAUUUCUAUCAUUAUAUUCUCGGUUCUCCCCCGACAAGCUACUGUAAAUACAAUACAUUCAUAGGCGGCCGAGCAAGCAUUACAAGGUGCACAUACACACAUA